GCCAGCUUCGGCUCGGGCCAGCAGUCAGUCAGUCACUCAGUCAGUCAGCAGUGGGCUCGGCUGCCGCAUGGCCACUGUGUAAACUUUCUUCAAUAACAAAGUGGAAACUGUCGGAUAACGAAGAAGAGCAGACGCUCGGAGAGGUUGAGGGACAUACGAGGAAGAGGUCUUCUAUGAAUCCGGAUCCAGUGCUCCGCUGAUCAAAGUGUUGUUCCCCACUCGUGCAUGUUUAAACCAGAGGAGAGCUCUGGUGCCGUGUGUCGGCCAGACGACUAGUACAAACGAGUGGCAACAGCAGUCCGGAGGCAUGAUUUUGAGACGGGGCUCAGUCGUUGCUGCCUUUCUGCUCUGCUUUCUGGCGAAGGUGUCAGAGGGAACGGGACAAUUCGAGUUGCAAAUCUUAUCGAUGCACAAUGUUAACGGAGAGCUGCUGAACGGCAUGUGUUGUGACGGCGCGCGGAACACGGCGGAUAGAAAGUGCUCACGGGACGGCUGCGAUACGUUUUUCAAAGUUUGUCUGAAGGAAUACCAGUCGAGAGUUUCUGCUGCAGGGCCCUGCAGCUUCGGAUUUGGAUCUACGCCUGUCCUCGGAGGGAAUACCUUUUCUUUCAAGAGCUCUGUCAGGAAUGACAAAUCCAGGAUAGUUUUGCCCUUCAGCUUUGCCUGGCCGAGGUCCUACACUUUAAUAGUAGAAGCCUUGGACUCCAGCAAUGAAACCAAUGGUGCAGAUGGGAGGUUGAUAGAGAAAGCCUCUCAUUCCGGCAUGAUCAACCCCAGCCCGCAUUGGCAGAAGCUGACUCACAACGGCCCCGUGGCCCAGUUUGAGUACCAGAUCCGGGUCAGCUGCGAUGAGCACUACUAUGGCUUCGGCUGCAACAAGUUCUGUCGGCCCAGGGAUGAGUUCUUCGGGCAUUACACAUGCGACUACAAUGGAAACAAGACCUGUCUGGAAGGCUGGUCUGGACCUGAAUGCAACACAGCUAUAUGUCGACAAGGCUGCAGCACUGAACAUGGAUCAUGUAAGGAGCCAGGUGGAUGCAAGUGUCUGUAUGGCUGGCAGGGCCAGUACUGUGACAAGUGCAUCCCCCACCCUGGCUGUGUACAUGGCACCUGUGUAGAGCCCUGGCAGUGCCUGUGUGACACCAACUGGGGCGGCCACCUUUGCGAUAAAGAUCUGAACUACUGUGGCACUCACCAGCCAUGCCUGAACGGAGGCACAUGUAUCAACACAGGGCCUGACAAGUACCAGUGUACGUGUGCAGAGGGCUACUCUGGUGCCAACUGUGAGAGAGCGGAACAUGCCUGUCUGUCCAAUCCAUGCUCUAAUGGAGGAAGCUGUUCAGAAACCAGUCAGGGCUAUGAAUGUCAGUGUGCGCCAGGCUGGAGCGGGCCCUCCUGCACUAUCAAUGUUGACGACUGCUCUCCAAACCCCUGCAAUCAUGGAGGAACCUGCCAAGAUCUGGUUAACGGUUUCAAGUGUCACUGUCCUUCACAGUGGACGGGGAAGACGUGUCUGAUCGAUGCCAAUGAAUGCGACAGCAAGCCUUGCGCCAAUGCCAACUCAUGCCGCAACUUGAUUGGUGGAUACUUCUGCGAGUGCGUCCCUGGUUGGACAGGGCAGAACUGCGACAUCAAUAUAAACGACUGCAAGGACCAGUGCCAGAAUGGGGGAACUUGCAAGGACUUGGUGAAUGGCUAUCGUUGCAUGUGCCCCCCUGGCUUCGCCGGCGAGCACUGUGAGAGGGACAUCGACGAGUGCGCGAGCUCGCCGUGCCUGAAUGGCGGGCGCUGUCAGGACGAAGUGAACGGCUUCCAGUGCCUGUGUCUGGCUGGCUUUUCCGGAAAUCUCUGCCAGCUGGAUAUCGAUUACUGCUCCCCCAACCCGUGUCAGAACGGAGCACCCUGCUUCAACCUGGCCACAGACUACUACUGCGCAUGCCCGGAGGACUACGAAGGCAAAAACUGCUCUCACCUCAAAGACCACUGUCGCACCACCACAUGUAAAGUGAUUGACAGCUGCACAGUUGCCGUGGCGUCCAACAGCACGCCGGGAGGAGAGCGCUACAUUUCGUCAAAUGUGUGUGGACCUCACGGCCGCUGCCGGAGCCAGGCCGGGGGCCAGUUCAGCUGCGAGUGCCAGGAGGGCUUCAGAGGCACUUACUGCCACGAGAACAUCAACGACUGCGAGAGUAACCCAUGCCGCAAUGGAGGCACCUGCAUCGACAAAGUCAGUGUGUACCAGUGCAUCUGCGGCGACGGUUGGGAGGGUGACCACUGCGAGAUCAACAUCGAUGACUGCAGCACCAACCCCUGUCAUAAUGGAGGGACAUGUCGAGACCUGGUGACUGAUUUCUUCUGUGAAUGCAAGAAUGGCUGGAAGGGAAAGACGUGCCACUCCCGCGAAAGUCAGUGCGAUGAAGCCACAUGCAACAACGGUGGCACCUGCCAUGACGAAGGCGACACGUUCCAGUGCAAGUGUUCCCCCGGGUGGGAGGGUACAACGUGUAACAUCGCCAAAAACUCGAGCUGUCUUCCAAACCCAUGUGAGAAUGGAGGUACCUGCGUGGUGACUGGGGAGUCUUUUACCUGUGUCUGCAAGGAAGGCUGGGAGGGUCCCACAUGCACGCAGAAUACCAACGACUGCAGUCCCCACCCAUGCUACAACAGCGGAACCUGUGUCGAUGGGGAUAACUGGUACCGCUGCGAGUGCGCCCCAGGCUUCGCUGGUCCAGACUGUCGGAUCAAUAUUAAUGAGUGCCAGUCGUCUCCGUGUGCCUUUGGCUCCACCUGUGUGGAUGAGAUCAAUGGAUAUCGCUGUCGGUGUCCACCAGACAGGACUGGACCCCACUGUCAAGAAGUUACAAGAAAACCCUGCUCUGUUAAUGGACACGCCACCCCUGAUGGAAUGAAAUGGGAUGAAGACUGCAACACGUGCCACUGCUCUAAUGGGAAAGUUGUGUGCACAAAGAUGUGGUGCGGCCCCGCAUCAUGCCACCUAGCCGCCAAAGGUCGAGGCGGGUGUCCUUCAGGCCAGAGCUGCAUCCCCAUCAGGGAGAGCCACUGCUUUGUGAAGCCCUGCUCCGGCCUCGGAGAGUGCUGGCGCUCCAACCCUCCCCCGCGUCCCACCAAAUGCCACCCCAGCUCCAGUUACCAGGACAACAGCUGCGCCAACAUCACCUUCACCUUCAAAACGGAGACCAUGCCUCAAAGCUUGACUGUGGAGGAUGUGUGUAAGCAGCUGAGGCGCUUGUACGUAGUGAAGAAUUUCUCCUUGGAGCAUUCUGUGUCCAUAACCUGUGACCCCUCAUUCUCAGCCAGCAACGAAAUCCACGUCUGCAUCUCGAUGGAGGAUCAUCGCUUGGACCGGAGCCCCAUUAAAGAAAUCACAGACAGGAUAAUCGACCUGGUUAGCAAACGCAAUGGGUACAACAACACCAUCAUCACCGCCAUCGCAGAAGUGCGCGUGCCAAGCCCCAGCAAAACUGACUACCUAGUGCCCCUCCUCAGCUCCAUCUUCAUCGUCAUCUGGGUCCUCCUGCUGGUCUCCAUUUUGCUGUGGUGCAUGCGCCGCCGGCGGAAACAGAGCAACCACAACGGGACGUCGGCCACCGGCUCCGAGGACAACACGACCAACAACGUGCGGGAGCAGCUCAACCAGAUCAAGAACCCUAUAGAGAAGCACGUGGGCCUCACGGUGGCCAUCAAAGACUACGAAAACAAGAACUCCAUCAUUGCCAAAAUAAGGACAAAUCAUCCCGAGGGAGAUGAGGACGACAAGGAGAGGCACUUACAGAAGGGCCGCUUUGCCAAACAGCCAGCAUACACACUGGUGGAGAGGGACGAGAAGACGCCCAUCUCCAAUCCCAACUCCACAUCCAAACACCCUAAUUGGACUAAUAAACAGGACAACAGAGACUUGGAGACAGCAAACAGCAUAAACAGGAUGGACUACAUUGUAUAGCAGACAGCUGUGUUGCUGUGCAACCAAGCCUUAUGCCUUCACACCCCGGUGGUGGGUGGAACGGGGGAGCCUUGGCAUGUGUAGUUAGCAAACUGUCGUGUCAGUCGUGACCCCACAGUAUUUUCAGAUAUUCCCCGUGUUAAUUUAAGUUUUGACAAGCUGGCUUACACUGGCAGUGACAGUUGCUUUGGUUGGCUGGAAACACAAGGCACUGGUAUACAUUUCACUGUAGAACUAGUCGCAAAAGUGUCCUCCUCUGCAUUUCAUUUCCCUUUUUUUUUUUUUUAAAUUUAGUGGACACAUGGAAGGGGCUCCUGGUGUAAUUGUUGUACAAUGACUAAAACUACCCGACGUGUUCAACGCUAGAGCUAAUUAUUUUUAGUAUGUGUUUGAAUUCUUUCUAGUUCUGUUUGGAGAAAGUGCCUUUUCAGCUUUAGACUUCAGCAACUGUCAAAUGAGAAAAAAGAUCAAGUUUAUUAUUUAUUUUUAUUUUGGGGGGAGGGGGGGCAGGGCAGGGGGAGGGAAGGGUUCAAUGUCAGCAGUUGCUGCCAAUAUGAAGAAUUUAUGUCGAUUUAGAACAUGUAGAUAUGUACAUUUUUUUAUUAAUCAUUGUGUAUAUUUGAUUUAUUAACUUAAUAAUCAAGAGCCUUAAGAUAUCAUUCCUUUUUAUUUAUAUGUUCUGUCUAGUUUGAAGGUUUUGAUAGCUAUGGAAGCCUACCAUUUCUUUCAAUGACUUAAUUUUUCAACGCAUUCUUUCUAUAAAAGCCAAAUUUCAAAGAUUUUCAAAGAAGACAAAGGAUGGGCACUUUUGGCCUGAAACACUAUUUUUUUUGUUUUGUUUUUUUCCACACUCUUGACAUUUCAUUACUUGUUGCCAAGACCUUGAUUGAAGGCAAGUGAGGUUAGGACAACAUAAGAUCCCGGCUGCUGCGAGGGAUGGACAUGGUGGCAGACAUAUUGCUUGCCACUAAUGGAUAAAUACUUAAGGGAACAAAAAAAUCCUUCAGCAGCUUCAGUUUAUCCCAUUGACAUAUUUCAAAGGCUGUCGAAAUCCAACAACUUGCAAGGCAAGUCACAUCAAUAUGACACGCCAGAAAUCCCAUCUGCUUUAGUCAGCGUAAUAUCAUAAGCUAGACCAUGAGUACUUGAACAGUAGGGGGGCGAUGGGAACACUGUAGAAUCAGAUACAAUACACUGCAUUGCUCUGCAAGAGUCUGCUUUGUUUCUGUGCAAAUUAGUUUGUUUUUUUUUUUAAAUGAGGCUCUUAAAGACAAACAUGUUUUAUCUCAUUUGUUAACCCUUUGAGAUCAUGGCAACAUUUUUGUUCUAUUUUUGACUUUGUGUUAUGAACUUGAGAAUUAUGUGUUGAUCUGGCAAUAUAUUUUUGAAAGUCAUAUUUAUUAAAUAUUUUGUAUGAAAAGAGAAUUAAAGUUGUCUUUGUUCUGGA